UGUUAUAGUGUAGCAGUCGGAACCACUGAGCAUUCGGUAACUGGACACUAGGAUCAGAGACUUUCCAGUUUGCAACUCUGUUCGAGUUCUCACUGUCCAGAGAAAUCGAAACUGGAAUAUUUUAAGCCGUGGUUGUUUUUCAUAACAACCUCUGGUUGCUGUGAUUGCUUUCAAAGGGAGAGAAAUGCAGGGAUUUGUAUGGUUACAGUGCUUUAAAUAAACUGCGAGCUUUAUUCAAGAAUCAUCAAGUAACCCCCAUAUUUUUUGCGCUUCCGAUUCUGUGGUGUGUUGGUCGGUCCAUGGUGUUAAAAUACAUCUCUGCGGCAUUUCGACCUUUCUGUGCUGUGCAGCACAACCGGCACAGCCUCAGGCUGAGUGUCAGGCAGUCACACAGUGGAAGUAGUUCGCCGGUUUCAGCGAGCUUGUAGUCGGCUACUGACGGCUACACAUCGGGUGUUUAAAACAGACAGUCGUUAACCCGUUGCUAGAUUAGACGAUACACCACCAACACCGGUUUGUAAAAUGAUAGACAGAAGUGGAGAAAGAUAAAGAAUAAAGAAGUCGCCCACAUGCGCUGGACCAAUCCAAGGAUUUGGGAACGGAAUAAGAAGGUGGAAGACGAGAGUUUGAAAUCUUUGCAGGCUGGAAGAUGGCGGAUUGGAUCUGGAAGUGGUGAUAGGGAAACUUCGUGUUUUUUGGAAUUUAUUUGUAAAAAUAUCGAUCCAGAUAGGACACAUGCAGGCCAAAAAACGCUAUUUAAUCUUGCUGUCCGUCGGCGUCUGUCUAAGUCUUCUGUUCUACUUUGGAGGCUUGCAAGUUCGAGCUAGGAGGAGGACUCCGAACCGGCGUGAGGAUCAUAGCAGAAAUGGUUUACAUUCGGGUCCGGAUCAGACCUGGCGGCAUUUUUCAGACCAUUUACAACCGUUUAUGCCAUGGGAUCAAUCGGAAAACGAGGAUUACAACGUGCACAUAUCCCCAAAACAGAAAAGGGACGCGAAUGCAAGCAUUUACAAAGGUAAACGGUGUCGCAUGGAGUCCUGCUUUGAUUUCUCAAUCUGCAAGAAAAAUGGUUUUAAAGUAUACACCUAUCCUCAACAAAAAGGGGACAAAAUCUCAGAAAGUUACCAAAAUAUUUUGUCCGCGAUCGAGACAUCCAGGUUCUACACAUCAGACCCCAGCCAAGCCUGUUUGUUCGUCCUCAGUUUGGAUACUUUAGACAGAGACCAGCUCUCUCCUCAGUAUGUCCAUAGCUUGAAAACAAAAGUCCAAAACCUGCCCCUAUGGAACAAUGGUAGAAAUCACUUAAUUUUUAAUUUAUAUUCGGGCACAUGGCCCGAUUACACAGAAGACUUGGGGUUUGAUAUCGGCCAGGCCAUGUUGGCAAAAGCUAGCAUAGGGACCGAGAACUUUAGACCUCGUUUUGAUGUUUCUAUCCCGUUAUUUUCUAAAGAUCACCCCAGGACAGGUGGGGACAGGGGCUAUUUGAAGUUUAAUACAAUUCCACCUUUUAGGAAGUACAUGCUGGUGUUCAAGGGGAAGCGAUAUUUGACAGGGAUCGGGUCAGACACUAGGAAUGCCUUAUACCAUGUACACAAUGCGGAGGAUGUAGUCCUACUGACUACCUGCAAACACGGCAAAGACUGGCAAAAGCACAAGGACGCCCGCUGCGAUAAAGACAACGCAGAAUAUGACAAAUAUGAUUAUCGAGAAAUGCUUCACAAUGCUACCUUCUGUUUGGCUCCUCGAGGGCGCAGGCUGGGUUCCUUCCGGUUCCUGGAAGCAUUGCAGGCUGCCUGUGUCCCUGUUAUGCUCAGUAAUGGAUGGGAGCUGCCUUUCUCAGAAGUAAUUGAUUGGAACACAGCUGCUGUCAUUGGAGAUGAAAGAUUGUUAUUGCAGGUCCCGUCAACAGUCAGGUCCAUCCAUCAGGACAAAAUCCUAGCACUUAGACAGCAAACACAGUUCUUGUGGGAGGCAUAUUUUUCUUCAGUGGAGAAGAUUGUAUUGACUACUUUAGAGAUCAUUCAGGAUAGAAUUUUCAACCACAUAUCACGCAACAGCUUACACUGGAACAGACACCCAGGGGCACUGUUUGCAUUGCCACAGUAUUCUGCUUAUCUUGGAGAUUUUCCUUUCUACUAUGGAGAUCUUGGAAUCAAACCUUCUACCAAGUUUACUGCAGUGAUCCAUGCAGUGACUCCACUGGUUUCUCAGUCACAGCCGAUUCUGAAACUCCUUGUAGCUGUGUCCAAGUCUCAGUACUGCGCACAGGUUAUUGUUUUGUGGAACUGUGACAAGCCCUUGCCAGCCAAACACCGCUGGCCACCUACAUCUGUGCCUGUCAUAGUAAUAGAAGGAGAGAACAAGAUCAUGGGCAGUCGCUUUCAGCCCUAUGACACUAUACUCACUGAUGCUGUACUGAGUCUUGAUGAGGACACAGUAUUGUCAACCACAGAGGUGGAUUUUGCCUUUACAGUGUGGCAGAGUUUUCCAGAGAGAAUUGUGGGAUACCCUGCCCGCAGUCAUUUCUGGGAUAGCAACAAGGAGAGGUGGGGCUAUACCUCGAAGUGGACGAAUGACUAUUCCAUGGUAUUGACAGGAGCUGCUAUAUACCACAGAUAUUAUCACUACUUGUACACUAAUUACCUACCUGCUAGCCUGAAGAAUAUGGUGGACCAAUUGGCUAACUGCGAGGACAUCCUGAUGAAUUUCCUUGUGUCUGCCGUCACCAAACUGCCUCCUAUUAAAGUCACACAAAAGAAGCAGUACAAGGAGACCAUGAUGGGACAGUCCUCCCGUGCCUCUCGCUGGGCUGAUCCGGACCACUUUGCUCAGCGGCAGACCUGCAUGAACAAGUUUGCCAACUGGUUUGGCACCAUGCCCCUCAUCCACUCUCAGAUGAGGCUGGACCCAGUCCUUUUCAAAGAUCAGGUCUCCAUUCUCCGUAAAAAGUAUCGGGACAUCGAGCGACUCUAACAAACACUGCGCUGGGGUGGGAAACGGGUCAUUCCAUCCUUCAACUUGCAGCACACCCACAAUGUUUCGAGCCAGGAGGAAUAACUGCACAUGGAAUCACAAGACUCCUGGCUGGGAACUCUUUCUAUAUACUGUUAUUACACAGGCAUUCGGUGGCAUUGCACAGGCUAUAACUGGUUUGACUGCUUAGAUACAAAUUAAAGAAUUAUCUCCACCCACCUCUUUUCUUCAGCUAUGCAGAUUUGUAUUGUUUUAUGGUCAAGGUUUCAGAGAGAGGCUAGUUUUUUUCUUUUUAGUUGAUUUUUGCUACUGCUGUUCAUAUUCAAGCAAGAGUCACCAUAUUCAAAGGAACGCAACAUCCGAGAUCAGCAAAAAGCAAACUGAAGUGAUAAGUGAAAUGGCAAAAAAUGGGUAAAGAUUAUUUUAAAAUAAUCUUUUCCUUGCUUUUCACUAUAAGGUUUUGUCCCCCGUCUCUGGUCUUGGCAUGAUAUUUAUUAGAUAACCCUUCAAGGGUUAAAUAACACCCUGAUCUGAAUUCAUUUAGAACAAUGCAAAAGACGGAGUAGGAAAAUGAUAUUUGUUACAUCACAUAGGGUAUUAAAUUUUUUACCACUCCUCCAUUGAGAGAAGCAGUGGGUCUAAUAUAUUAAAGGCUCGGUCACUAAAAGGGAUUGUUAAAAUAAAUUGUACAAUGAUUAAAGAGCCUGAUAGUUUUCAUUUUUUAUUUUAUUGUUUUAUAUUUUAUUCUCAGAUAGCUCGCAGAUAACAGGGAAACAAUAUUCGUAGGAAGGAAAGGAAAAGUUUGACAAGAGUCAAGGCAAUAUGUUUUUUUUUUUUUAUUAUUAUUAUUAUUAUUAUUAUUUGAAGGUCUAAUAGCACAAUUGAAAGUUUGAGACACACAUCAUUUUUAUCAUUAAUUUUAACCUUAUUGUACUUGUAAAAUAAAACCCUGUUUUGAAGGGUGUUUGUAUGUUGUGAUUCUGAAGCAAUACCCACAUUUGCUGAAGACUCUUCAGUCAUCUAAGGUGCAGUGCACCUUCUAAACUUCAGCACUUUGACUUCUCCUUCCAGACAAUUUUCAUGGGAAAAAAAUAUUUUCACCUAAUAAGGAAAGUUAGUGCUACAGGGCCACCAAAUACAGAACCAACAAUAACUAACAACGUUUAAAAAAAAAAAAAAAAAAGUGGAAUGUUCUGUAUCUUUUGGUACAAUCUUGACCAUAGUUUUACUCAUUGAAGGAUCUUAAAGUUGGGGACUGUGCUCUGGGGUGUAUACAAUAAGAGACAAAUCAAUGUCAAAUCAAAGUAGUUUUGAAUCUAUUAUGCUCAUUGGUAAAGGAAGAAAUAAAACACAUACAGUAAGAGGUGGGCAAGAUUUAUAUAAACCAGUAUAUACUGCACCAGUUUCAAAUGCUGCUGGUAGAUUAAAUAACAAAGAUACUGUCAGGGUACACAAGCAGCCCGCUAGAACUUGCUUUCUGUGAGCAGAUGCACCAAAGCAAAUAAUGCAAAACUAAAUAAUGGAUAUAUAAGGGAUCCCCACUGUGUGCUAGUACUAAUCCUGUUCUUUUGGAAGGAGGAAUACAUUUUAAAGCCUGUACCCUCUGUCCUCCAGUUUAUGGAUAUGCCUGGGAGGGACGACGACAAAAUGAUGUCAUGGAAGAAGGUAGAUAGCAACACUAGACUAUGACAAGUUGUGACAACCAUUUGUUUCCCUAAAGGUUGCCAUCCUUAAGGAUGACAGUUCCAACAAUGGAACUACUGUUCAGAUUGUUCUAUGAUAGAGAUCUUUAUGAAGCAAAUGUACCCUCUUCCCUGUGGUCUACUUUUGCUACUAGCCCAGCAUAUGAUUUUUUUUUAAGCAUAAUUGUGAUAUUAUACAUCCUGAUUCCUAAAUUUAUUAUGUGUUUUAUAAGUUUUUUAUUUUUUUUUUUUAUAAAAGUAUGAAAAUAGGAGAAAGUUUAAAAGAGAAAUAAAGAACAAGUCAAUCUAUCAUUUUUUUUAAAUGAUCUGUUAUGGUUCUAGUUACUUUGGCUUUUAUAAGUCCUAAUACAAAGAUGUCCUUUAACUGCAUCAUGCAGCUACUGCCUAUUCGAGAGCACCAAUUCCCAAGACUGUACCUGAAUGAAUUCUGCUAUGCCUGUAGCUUCUACACAGUUUCAAUGCACACGCAUGUUUUACAGAGGAAUUGCUUGUAUGGCUUCUUGACCGGGUCAUUCAUGGGUUCAUCUUUCAGAUACACGUAUGCUAGUUGGUCAAAUACCUUCAUUUGUUUUUCAAUUUUAAUUUCAAGGAAAUGGUGCCCUGACAAGUGUAGUUCAUUGUUAAUGUCUGUAAUAAAAGUUCUGUUUUUUAAUGGCAGGGCUAUGUUAGCCUUUGCUUUACCGGUACUUGACUGUCUGAUGACUUGAAGAUGUGCUGAGCAAGUGGCCUUUAGUGAAGGUGAUUAAACUUAAUUUUAACCAUGGGUGAGAGGUGUAGAGCUAGACUCAUUGUUGAGCAUAUACAUAUUGGAGUUUCUGAGUAACACAGCUGUCUUUAUUUUAAAUGCUGUGGUUGGGUAUCAAAGGCUGUUAACUCAAUAUCAUUAGAAACGCAGAUAAGCCCUUCAGUCUCCCUGUCCCAGCAAUGAAGCCUUCAGUAUACUGUUCCUUUGAAACAGAACAACCUGACAGUUUGCCAUUCUCAAGAAAAUAGUUUCACAAUACAAUUUCUCGUGUUUGACACACCAGUUAGUUAAGAGGGAAAUAUGGGUAAUUAUCUUCAUAACCAAAUAUUUUCCCUCCUUUUACUACCAAGUUUUUCUAGAAGCUGACUAGGAGUUUUUGUGUUUCCUGUUUUAAACCCACAGGUAUUAAAAAGGGAAAUGGCUGAGCAUAACUCUGUUGUAUACAAUACAUAUUUGGAUAAAUAGACCCAUGACUGAGCUGAGAACGCAGUCACUGUAUGAGCAUACAGUAGAGAUAAAUGGCUCACUGCUGGUUAAUAUUAAGUGUAGUUCUCCUUGUAAAUCACUUUUUUAAAUUAAAUAUCAAGCCUUUCAAAACUUUAAUGUGCUCAUUUUUAAAUAUUAUUUUCUUAAUCUUUUUUUUUUUUUUUUUAUCAUCUUCUGUAGAAAAUCCCACCCAUGCCCAGCAAACCAUUUCAUUACCCAAACAGAGUUGUUAGAGCAGGCCUUGUCACAAUGUACAUAAACCUAUAUAUUUAUUUUGAAAAAAAGUGUGUAUAAUGUAUGAUUAUUAAAACAAUGUGGGAAUAUUUAGACAGAGAAAUUGUGAAGCAAAAAAAAAAAAAAAAAAAAACGUACCUUAUUUUGUAUAAGAUGUACGUUUUGAAAUGUUUCUAAUAUGUUGCCAAUGUUUUUUUUUCAUAGCGUUGCCACGUCUUUUCUAAGAGUUUCCUUCUUAGAGUAAUGCUGACAUUGUGCAAUUAAAAUCUAGAGAAAGGUAUUACAAAGCCAUAUAACUUGAUUUAGCUUCAUUAAAAAUGUGUGUAGCUUCUAGAUUCUCCAUCAGAAGUUUGGUUGUUUUUAUAGAUAGUGCCACCAAAGACAGUGUCCUUCAGAUUUAUGGACUUUGAUAAACUAUGAUUUUGUGUGUGUGUGUGUGAGUGUCUUCGAGUGCUUGUCAGGAAGCACCAACAGUUGUUUUUUUUUUGUUUUUUUGAUCAGCACAGAAGACCUGUACAAUGAGCUACUCAUGUGACUUUCUGCUACUUUUUUUUUUUUUUUUUGUACCAUGAAACACAUAUUUUCCACUCACCAGUGUCUAUGUAAACUCAUGUUGACAUUAUUAUUUUGUCUGAUUGGCUCUGUUAAAGUUACAGGUGCAUUGGUGACUUAAGGAAAUAUUUCAGAAAGGCAGCACUACAAUAUAU